GCUCUCUCGGGUGUGAGAGCUCUUGCUUGUUUGGUGUCGCCGAGGGGAAUCGUUCUUGGGCCGUCCGUUCGGUGGGUGGAUCGGGGUGGGGUGUAUGAUUAAGUUGUAGGCGCUCGCCGGGAUUCUUUUGGCGAACGGAGGGAUGUCGAUCGCGCUGGAGAGGAGGAACGGGAUGGGGGGGUCGGGGUUCGGCGGGGGGAUCCCGUGCUUCCCGAUCUACGAGGCGCGGGAGGGGCGGCGGAUCGAUCGGCGGGAGGAGGAGGGGGAGGAGGAGGAGGAGGAGGCGGGGGGGAGGGGGAUGGAGGAUGGGAAGGGGGGGGAGUUGUCGUGCAGCUCGUCGAUCGGGCGGAAUAGUGAGGGAUCGGCGGGGGGUUCGGGGUCGGACGGGGAGGAGUCCGGGGAGACGGAGGUGCAGAGCAGGUAUAAGGGGCCGAUGGAGACCAUGGAUGCGCUGGAGGAGUCGCUUCCGAUCAGGCAUGGCAUCUCUAAAUUCUACUGUGGCAAGUCCAAAUCUUUCACAAACCUGGCAGAUGUGUCCUCAUAUUCCUCUGCCAAGGUCCUUGCCAAGCCAGAGAAUCCUUACAACCGCAAGCGCAAGAAUCUGCUCGCCUUCAACAUUAUGUACGAGAGGUCUCAAAGUAACGAGCUCAGAAGCAUGGAAGGUGGCAUUUCCAAAAGACCUGCCAUUUCCAGCCGGUGCACAUCGGCCUCCACCAUGUCAAUGAGCUGCUCUGAGAGCAAUAGCAAUAACGGUGAAGAGGAUCAUGACCCAUCCCGGCUUCUCCCUCCCCGUUAUCCACAUAGCAGAGCUGCUGCCUCAGUUGCUUCAGCCCCAUUUGAUAUUUCCCCACCAGAAAAGUCAUCUUUCCCAAUGAGAUCGUUUUCCUUGACAGAUCUUGAAGGUGCGGUCAGCUCAAAUUCGUCCAUUAGCCCCAGGGAAAAGCACAAGAGGAAUUAGUAGUUAAUUUUUUUCCUUUGCCUUGGUUGCUCCUUGUCCGUAACAUUUUGGAUCCGUGGGUGUUGGUGGCCAAGAUGGUGGUGUCAGAAUGUUGGUGGUUUUUAUACGGUUGGGCUUCCUACUCUCUGUUCUGCAGAAAACUUAAAAGAGUUGGUAAUUAAUCUAGAUGGCCUCUCCUGGCUUCUUCCUUGUCAGCAAUCUUGUCUAAAUGGUGCCUUGUGUUUGCCUUUGCUCUAAUAUUGCGAUGAUAGUUUUCCAUGAUACUGCAUUGAAUCACCUCGUGCUUGGUGCCGUUACGUUGUUUCAGUUGUAUAAUUACUGAUUCCUUCAGUUGAUGCAGCACCGGAUUCUAGGUGCAGGAAUGGAUUCCAUGGUGGAAUAUUGAGGUUUAACAGGUGAUACUUUGGGCUGAGGGCGCGGUAUUAGGAUUUUGCAGGAAGUUCUGCACCUCACCGCAUGCAUCCUGGCUCUGUAGAUGAUACAAUACGGAUGCGGCGAAACGCAGGUUUGAAAAUCGUGAAGGAAACUGGAGUUCGGAGGUGCUUUUCUUGACAGAAGAGUGGCUUUUGCUCGUUCUAGUUUUAAUUGAAAGAAAAUUUCUCAUUACACUUGGCAGGUUACAGAGUUUCAAAAUCUUUGUCAAGAGAAUAGGACGGGGCUGCCAUUUGCAUGCAAACUUGUGGAUCGGACGUCUAUUAAUCCGAGAGAGCAGCCUUUUUGAUGUCUUUUUUGUCCAGGAGAACAUGCGAAGGUUGACAUAUCCGCUCAUAUGGGAGGUAUGGAAGCUGUUUGUGAGGAGGAUAUCGAGUAACUAUUGAGACGAGAAAGACCAACUAUGUUGAAGAAGCUUCGUUCUUUGCAGUGUAUGGACUCGGUUCCUUGAGGGGAUCGUCUCCAAGUGUUCGUUCAGAUCCUAUGCUUGAAUCAGUCGGAUUGGGUCCAGAUGGAUGUAUGUGGAACUGUACGACCCCUCGGAUUUCUUGACACGUAAAACAAACAUCGUUAAACAAGAGAAGUAAUGGCAAAUGUUAACUAAUCCUAAUAAAGUUGAAUAGAAUUUCAAAUGCAAAUGAAGACUCGUAAAAAAA